GUUGGCAUAAUGGCUGAGCAGGCGCCGGAUGAGUUUAUCUGGUGUGAGGACUGCGGUCAGUACCAUGACUCUGAGUGUCCUGAACUGGGACCGCUGGUCACUGUCCAGGACUCCUUCGUCCUUAGCCGAGCUCGGUCGUCUCUACCAAACAGCCUUGAGAUCAGAGAACUGGCCGACGGUGUUGAGGGCGUGUUUGUCCUGCGACGGCUCGUGAAGAGGACCAGAUUUGGGCCUUUUGAGGCAAAGAGGGUCCCCCACCUGGAGAAGGAAGGAGCGUUUCCCCUAAAGAUCUUCCAGAAGGACAGCGUGGUGGUGUGUUUUGACUCCAGCAGUGAAGAAGAUUGCAACUGGAUGAUGCUGGUUCGACCCGCCACCAGUCAUGAACACCAGAAUCUAACGGCGUACCAGCAGGAUGACGAUGUGUACUUCAACACCUCCCAGGAUGUGCUCCCAGGAACAGAGCUGAGGGUCUGGUACGGUGCGUUCUAUGCCAAGAAAAUGGAGAAGCCCAUGCUGAAACCUCCAGUUCAACCGCCACCGCCUCCACCAGGCCAUGUGCUGAGCCACCUCGAUGAUGUGAAGACUGCGCCAGUGUUUCCUGCUGACCCGCUCCUGCCCCCGGAGGAGAGCCUGGUCGUUCAGAAGGAAGAGGAGCAUGAUGCUCCUACAGCUCUGUCAGCCCCAAAGAAAGCACGGAACCGGGAGAGGAGAGCCAAGGGGCGCAGACCUGGUGCCAGUGUAACUUUGAAAAAACACAAAGAUGUGAAGCCUCCAGUGGAGAGAUCUGAACCGACGUCCUCAGAAACUGUAACAGAAAUAAACAGCGUGCCGACCAGCUCGGAUGCGCGAGCUGUUCUGAAGAGACACAGAAGUCAUGACCAUAAGCGGGUGUAUCGCUGUUCCCUCUGCAACAAGGUCUUCCAGAACAGCAGCAACCUCAACAGACAUGUCCGGUCUCACGGUGACAAACUGUUCAAGUGUGACGAAUGUGACAAGUUGUUCAGCCGUAAGGAGAGUCUGAAGCAGCACAUCUCGUACAAGCACAGCAAGAACAUGUCAGAUGUGGACUAUAAGUAUAAAUGUAACACUUGUGAAAAAUCCUUUCGCCUGGAAAACGCCUUAAAGUUCCACAACUGCAGAACAGAUGACAAGACAUUCCAGUGCAAUAUCUGCUCACGGUUCUUCUCAACUAACAGCAACCUGUCCAAGCACAAGAAGAAGCACGGUGAGAAGCUCUACUCCUGUGAAGUCUGCAACAAGAUGUUCUACCGCAAGGAUGUGAUGCAGGAGCAUCACAGGAGACACGGCAUGGGACCAAAGCAGAUGAAGAGAGAGGAGCUGGAGGCAAACGGAGAGGAAGGGACCAAGUACAGAAAGGAACCGUCACCCUGUCCCAUCUGUGGCAAGGUGUUUUCCUGCAGAAGUAACAUGAACAAGCACCUUUUGACUCACGGUGAUAAGAAGUACACCUGUGAGAUCUGCGGACGCAAGUUCUUCCGCGUGGACGUACUGCGUGACCACAUCCACGUUCACUUCAAGGACAUCGCCUUAAUGGAUGAGCAAGAGCGAGAAGACUUCAUCAGCAAGAUCGGUAUUUCAUCGGGAGACAGCGACGAAACGGAUGACGACGAUGUGGAAGAUGAUCCCGAGCACCACAAGUACAACUGCAAGAAAUGUCAAUUGUCAUUUGCAAAGGGAAAAGAGUAUCUGAAGCACAUCAUGGAGCAGCACAAGGAGAGGGGCUACAGCUGUGGGAUCUGCAAUCGGCGUUUUGCACUAAAGGCCACCUACAAUGCUCACCUGGUCAUCCACCGAGAGCAGCUGCCCGACCCUGCAGUGCAGAAGUACAUCCAUCCAUGUGAAAUUUGUGGUCGGAUCUUCAACAGUAUUGGCAACUUGGAAAGGCACAAGAUUAUUCACUCAGGAGUGAAGAGCCACAGCUGUGAGCAGUGUGGCAAGUCUUUCGCCAGGAAGGACAUGUUGAAGGAGCACUUGCGUGUUCACGACAACAUCCGAGACUUUCUGUGCGCAGAGUGCGGAAAAGGCAUGAAGACCAAACAUGCACUGAGGCACCACAUGAAACUUCACAAAGGCAUCAAAGAGUACGAGUGUAAGGAGUGCCAUCGCAAGUUUGCUCAGAAGGUCAACAUGCUGAAACAUUACAAGAGGCACACUGGUAUAAAGGACUUCAUGUGUGAGCUGUGCGGGAAAACCUUCAGUGAGAGGACGACUCUAGAAACACACAAACUCAUCCACACAGUGGGAAAGACGUGGACGUGUUUGACAUGCGAUAAGAAGUACCUGACGGAGUACAUGUUGCAGAAGCACGUCCACCUGACCCACGAGAAGGUGGAGGCCCAGUCAUGUGAUCUCUGUGGGACCAAAGUGUCCACCCGAGCGUCCAUGAACCGACACCUGCGGCGCAAACACCCCGAGGUGGUGUCUGUGAAAAUCGAUGAGUUUGACUUUCAGGAAGCCUCAACAAUCAAUGAAUCAUCGAUCAGGAUUGGACAGCCCAGUCUGACAGUGGAAAAAGACGGUGUCUCUCAGGAGCAGCCCAACCGAACUUCCCGACACCCCAAGAAAAAGCAGAAAGCUGCGGCCGAGCCGGAGCUCUCCGAAUCUGAUGAAUACGUCGACUUCACUGAGCCAAAACACGGAACCAUGGCAGAGUUCGGUGCCAUCACCGGCGACGAGACUGAAACGAGCUCUGCUGUGCAGAGUAUCCAGCAGGUGGUGGUCCUCACCGAUCCCACCACUGCCACUACCUCCUCCACCCACAGCUCAAUGGGACUGACCAACAUCACUGUAACGCCAAUCACCAGCCACACCCCCAGCCAGUUCACCAACCUGCAGCCUGUCGCCGUGAGUCACCUGACGGCCAGCGAACGACCCCUCACGCUAGACAACUCCAUCCUCACAGUCACCUUCGAUACAGUCAACACCUCCGCCAUGCUCCACCCGCGCCCCACUGAACUUGUCCCAGACACAGUGGGUCACAGCGGAGGCGCCACGCCCCCGUCUGUCGCCCACUUCAUCAACCUGACUGCUCUAGUCAACCCAGUGGGCCACCAGCUGGAGGUGCCAACUCUGGCCUGGAGACCCAUCCCAGCAGCUGAGGGCAGCCAGGUCACCCCUGUGGGGGUGGGCGAUCAGGUGGAGAGUCAGGAAGCUCAGAACCAGGUCCCUGAGCCAGGCCGGCCGCCGCCGCCGCCACAGCAGCAGAGCAGCUCAGCACAGAUGUUCAGCUACUAGAGCACAGGACGGAGGUGCGGGUCACCUCCAGUAGAUUUUAACAAACUGCUUUCAACAGUCACCCAGAUGCCUAACCAGUCCUGCAGAAAUGAACUGAAAUGUAAAGAAUUUUUUUCUCACAUUUUUUAAUGCUAUAAAUAAAGAGACGUAUGAAUUCAUCCAACUCAACAUCAAACCAAAGCCAA